AUGUCACACUGUUCGGUGGAUGAGCUGCACACCGGCUUGGCAAAUGCCACCAAGGAAACUCAUAACCUUUGGGAAGAGAAUAAGGAUUUGCAGGGAAGAUUUGUCAACGAUCUGAAUGAAAUAUCACGAAUACAACAAGCUAUUGCUCAGUUAGAGAGGGAACAUCGUCAGGAUCAAUUACAACAUCUCGAGCUUAUACGUAAAUCUUUUCUGCAGGCUCGUCAGUCUAUGACCGAAAUGCAAAGAAGAGCAUCGCAGUUGUAUUCUGUACUGACAACGAAAAGAGAGGAAAUCGUGAAGAAGUUAAACGAUGGGACCAAUUUUGUUGCAUUGUUACAGAACCAGUUGAUUAGUGAGCGUCUCUUUGACUGGAAAAAUCGACAAAAGCUUGCUCAAGUUGGCGUCCCUUUUGAUAACCGUGAUAUGAUGCUGGAUGAAAUACAAAUGGAAUUCGAGUUUCUAGCAGAACAGAAUUGGCAAUUGCAUAUGUUUGCUAGUUGGACGCUGGAUCUUCUCACUAGAGGUCCGCAAGUGAACGACAGCCAUGCUCAUUCCACAGCGUCAAACUUGACCACCUUAGCCGAUCAGCUGACAAAGUUGCUGUUUAUGUUGAUCUCGCAAAGUUUUGUGGUAUCUGUGCAGCCAGAGCCC